AUGGCCGACUCAGACCCGUCCAUCAGCGAUGGCACCUGUUACGCAGCACGUGAAAAGCGGGCUAGCCUUAAUUUCAUUCCCUGCGGCAACUCUGCGUUUGGCGAUAUUCAUUGCUGUCAAGCUGGCGAUAACUGCCUCGAGAACAAUGCCUGCUAUAACGGCCGGCAUGGGACGACUUACCUGGCCGGGUGCACCGACUUCGACUAUGAGGACCCCAGCUGCCCGGACAAGAAGUCGUAUCAAGGUAUGACACUC